CAUCAUUACAGGCGGAGUUGAUAUUGAUACUCGCGCACCGUCGCUCUUCUCUACACAGACAUUUUGAACAUGUUCAGUGACACUUUGCAGAGAGUGAAUGUGCAUUGAUUUGAUGAUAAUGCAUUAGAGCCGUUAUAGGCAGAAUUGUUGCUUUUUCACCACCGAAUUUCGCGCGGGACCAAUGUUGCACGUAUUUUUCCUAAUGCGCUUUAACCCAAGUGUAGCCUAUGUGUACAGGCAAUGUUCACUCUCAGGCUUCUGAAGAUGCCUCCGCAAUUUUUGCCUCAAUAAACCAAGACAUAUUACCAAGAGCCGCGUAGCUCAUUCAGUACACAUGUACACGGAAUUAUAAAUUAUAGGGAUAGGCGGUGUGCGCUUAUUCUCAGCAUGUCUAACUUUCGUGGCUCAUCCCUGGCCGUCAUUCGAGUUAAAUGCAAGGGCAGGGAUGACUCCCAAACUGCGACUACCACCUAAAACAUCACGGCCCGCUGAUUUUAUAUUGGAGAACUUUGGACUUUUCAGCUGUGGAUACCAACCAAAAAGCGCUGCACAUUUGCGCGGUGAUUCCAACUUUCUAGAAAGGCCUAAUUAAAUUAACUAGGUUUGUGGAUGCAGGACGGAUGGUUGUUCAAGCUCUCUCAUGCCACCAACAAUUGUGAAAACAGGACAAGAAUGUGGCAGAAUCACUUUUUGGAAACGUCCAACAGAGAUUUCGUUGUCGAGUCGACACUGGAUUAAGUUCUUGAAAAUAGACGAGUGUUAUGCGUCUCAUGCUUGUUUCCUUUACACGAGGGCUGUGAGAGCGAAGGAGGAAUGCUUGUCCGAGAGAUAUUGCCGCUCAUUUUAGGUUUUUCGCAUUUUGUUUUUGGUCACUGCUUUCUAACGUCGUUUUUACUUUUUUUCCAGUUCACUCAGGGAGAGCCCCAGAGUUCAUGUGCGCGGAACGUUGCAGAGAGGGCGGGUGAGAGCUGCCAGCUGGCAUGCCAAUGUAGACCCUACCCUCCCCUGCCGCCCCCGCCCCCACCUCCUCCACCCCCCAGACUUCUGGUCUUCACUGUGGCUCCCUCCACAGUGCCUCCCAUGAAGCCGUGGUGGAAGGAGAUCGUGGUGUUGGGGACAGUGGGCUGUGCCUCGGUUGCCUUCCUCCUGUUGAUGGUCAUCAUCUGCUAUAAGGCCAUAAAGAGGAAACCCCUACGGAAGGAGGAGAAUGGAACAAGCCGAGGGGAGUACGCCAUGAGCUCGCGCAGCAAGAAGACGGUGGACACCAACAACACAGGGGUGUAGGAAGUGCCCAGAUAGAAGGAUCACGGCAACCACAACUCCAAACCACUAGAAAUGACAAGAAGCCCUCCUUGACUUUGAGAAGGCAGGGGGGCUGGUAGGAGGGAGAGUAUGAACUUGCAACCCAACAGCAAAUCAUGCUUCAGACCAUUGUGGGACCAUAUGAAAGAGAGCUUGGCCGUAGGUCUGUGAAAGAGAAUAGCAUUGAUAAAUAUAUUAAUCCGGGUUUGGAACUCAGUAGCUGACUCCUUCACACGCAGGGCUUGAGGGCUUAGCACUGGAAGCCUUAACGGGAUGGCACGUCUAGUGUGGACUCGAUGUCUAGCGGGCACUCGAUAACAGCUGCCAGCACAUUGGCCAAAUCUGUAAGUCCAUACAUCACCUUGGAGACCCCUAAGUGGACAGAAGCGACACGAAAUACAGAAGAUAAAAAAUUGCAUGCACUUUCUGUUGAAUGCAAUGAUUUCUGUCUUUCUCUUUCUGCACUUCCCGCAACCCUCCACAUUUCAUUGUCUUGUCCCCCCCUUCCCCUUCCUCUCCUGCCUCUGAAGGUUCCUUGAUGACGCCUUUUGUUAAUUGACAUUCUACUUGAAACACAAAAUCAUGUUGAUGGACAAGGAUUGCAGUGGUCUGUACACCAAAAUAUGACAAAAGAAGAACUGUCAUUGUGAAGAGUUCAAUGUAUUGCUUUUGGUCUCUGACUAUGCAAUUUGAAAGGAUAUGAGAUAUGUUCCCAAGGGUUGUUUCCUUAUUAUGAAAAUAGGACAUGAGAGUAUCCAAUGCCGACCAGUUAUGGAUCCUGUUUAGUGCUUUCCGACGCAGAUCUGUAUGUCUAGACUAUAUUAAUCAAUGGGAGAACUCAGCCCAUAGAAUUACACAUGUGUGACUCAAAGAGUUUUUACAGGGGCUAUAUUCAAUGUGGAUUUAGCAAUAUGACAUCAUGAUGCACAGCGGAGCGACUUCCUGCUUACAGAAAUGUGGGCAUGCCUCAAAGAGGGGGCUCAAAUUGGGAAGAGCCAAUAGCGGCAGUCUUUCAAGUUUGCCUUUCAGAAAGGUAGAAUUCACCUUUUUAUUUUUAUUUGUAAGUAUAUGUUUCCCCAGAAAAUGCAUUCCAAAAUUGCAUUCUGUACUCUUUUGUCAAAGUCUCUAUUGUAAAGUUUGGCUCCAGGAUUCAGUCUUCUGGAUUUGGGUUAAUGACCUACACCUUAAAUGCACUGAAAACUUUGGAUGUUAGCUUUGCCUAUGGGCUUUCCACCCUUAACAAAGCCAGGGUUCAGCAUUUCAUUAAUGGCUAACCUGCAGUUUCUACCCUAAUAGUCUACUGGGUACAUAUCUAAAAGACAGUUGUAAAAUGACUGCGCAGGAGGGGCGCUCCAAAAUAAGGGAGGGGUGUGUAACUUUUUUUUUGCUUUGGGGAGGAUUGUGUAGAUUUUUAUUGUGCACAGGAGAGGGUAUUGCAUUUUUCCUAUAUACUUUAUUCAUGAUAUUUGCCACUCCAAAGGCCACAAAACAACAUGUUUUUCAGAAUAAGCCAGAUUUCGAGUGCUUCCAUGAAAGCUUUGUGGUGCAAAAACGUGAAGCGAAAGCCACGGUGCAAUCAAUCAGGAGGAUGAAAUUAUGCCAAUUAACUAACAACAACAGAUCUAUGUGUUGAAGCCGAUUUCUUCCUAUUUAAGAAAUAAAAGGUAGGCCUACCUGUUUUAACAGACAAAACUAAAGGCUAUCCAUAGAUUUGUUGGCCAAUUCCUCCAAUAGUGUCACCACUCCUUAAAUACCUCUGUGUCCGUGAAUGGCUUGGUCUGUUAAGUUAAAACCAGUGCUCGAAUUGAAGGAGUAGGCCUAUGUGAGGGUAUGCCAUAGCCUAGUUUCUUGUUAAAGAAACUGGCAAAAUCAUACCCCUUGUUAGGUUAAGAUUUUGAAGAGAUUAAAAUGGAUUCUGCAUAUAUAAAGUGACUUUAUAACAAUGUUUUUCUCCCCGAUGCUUUAUGCUAGAAACAAGUUGCAAAAUGCCCAAAGACGCAACUCCGAUGCAUAUGGGGAAUAUCUUUGGUUUGUCUCUGUCAUUCAGAGGUUGAGCUAUGAAGUUUUAUAGCCGAGAAUAUUUGAAAAAAACAUUGCUUGGGAAGUAAUCUAAUAGGCCUACAAUGUGUAACACUGUCGCUACCAAUUGAGCUAUUCACUUUCUCUAAAAGGGAAGAUUUUUAAACCCAGGCAGUUUUUAGGAAUGCGCUUGUGACUGUCUCUUGUUGGGUGAAGCCAUGGAAGAGCAGCCAACAGUUAAAGCUUACAUUUUUCUGCGUCGAGCUUCUGUCUGGGGUGGCAAGUAGGCUACAAUGCUUAGAAUCAUAUAACAUCUUAGAUUUAAUUAUUUGCAAACAGCGACAGUUUGGUUGCAAACAAGACACACUGGUUUAGCAUCGGAGAAAUGUGGUAAAAUGAAUACAUAUCUCUCUGUUCAUUCUUCCCUGAAACUUCUAUUUUCUAAAUCGGCCUUUCUUUUGGGACAUGUUGGGAGCGACAGUUUGUCUUGCAACCAAGCUGAUUGUUUUGAGCUAAUAAAAAGUAGGGUAGGCUGCCUGUUUUUCCCCAAUCAACGCACAGAUAAAUAGACAUAAGCUACAAAACGAAUUCACCUAGAGACAUUUUGGUCUCUAUUCAAUCUGUAACGCUGAAGCGUGACAGAUCAUGCGAUAGAAAUGUAAAGGUAUUUUCCGAUUGAGCUGAACAUUGCCUUUACAUUUCAAUCACGAUGUAAAGCUGAACUUCCAUGAUGUAGAUUGAGUAGAGACGUUUAUCUACACGAGUAUGUUAUUGUCAUUGAAUUAGUGAUGUACUAAAAAGAUGUGUUCAAAAUGGUGUUCAAAAUAGUGUAGGCCUAUGAAUCGGGCUGCUAUUAUAUUAUGUUCUGGCCCGACGACUAUUAGCUCAGAAAAAAUGAUGUAAAAAAAAUAAAUUUAGCUAAUAUCUUCAGUCAUGUACAUUGACUAGAAUUGCAUGAUAUGUGUUUUUAAAAGGUACUUUUUUUAAAAAUCUGACCUGCAAAUAUGCACCCCCUGAUGGUAUUAAGGAGGUAGGACUACUUUAUCACUAUUACUGUGGUUGUAAUCAUUAUUUUGAGUUAAUUCAAUGAAGGGGGAGGGUAUUUAAUUAUUUUCAAUUACAAGGGGAGGGUCAUGUGAAAAUAUGUUUUACGUUGGGGAGGGGGGAGCAUUUUAAACGUUUUUUUAAUGACGUCUCGAGUUGGAACCCCCCUCCCAUGCAGUAAUUUUCGAACAGUCCCUAAUAGCUACCGCAGUAAAUUACUCCACCUACAAUAUGUCUGGUACUGCAUUGUUUUCAAGGUGUGUUUCCUAAAAGCAUUGUAGCUAACAUGGUUGAUUCUUUCUCAAAGUCAAUGUACCCGAUAUCAUCAUGAAUUAAAUGUCAUGCUCAAAUCAUCCCAAAGUCUCCAAAAGGGAUUGUGUAGAAAUGUGACUUGGUGAGAAGUCAUUGACCUGGUUAGAAGCCAUUGCUAAUAUUGCAUUUGAUUGGAAAAUGCUGUAAGCCGAUAGUGGUCAGUAGAUGCAUAAGCAAACUGAUUACGGUUAGGAAGGUUAGGAAACAAACAUGUCAUUUUAUAAUUUGGUUGUACUAUCCCUUUAAUCUACGUAAACAUUGGGAACAUUUUGACGUGUAUCCUUUUUUUUUUGCCGAAUGAUCUGCCUGUGGUUAGAUCAAAAAGUUAUAUUUCUUCUGAAGAGUGAUUCUUCCAAUCCCCCUCUCCCUAAGGAUACACAGCUUUAGUGGGCUGUAGGGAAGUGGGUCAUAAUGGGUUAACAUGCUGAAAUUCAACAUACAUUAAAAUCAAACAUUUAUUCACAUCAGAAGAAGAGUAAAAUACAAUGGUAACAGAACUCAUAGAUCAUCAUCUUGCACACAAAGGUAACUGUCUGUAUGUCCAAGCUGUCCGUCCUUCUUCAUUUCAUGCUACAAAAGAAAUCAUACUGGACACACUCUUUGCAUAGUCUAUACCUACAGCCCAUACAGUCUAUACCUACAGUUAACUCCACUACAUGAACAUAGUGGUGUAUUAUAAUGUACAAAAUAAGUAUAACAAAAAUAGCAUGAAUGUAAAUAUCAGUAUUUAAGACUUGUCUUCUUGACUGUUUCUCGUGUGUACAGAGUAAAUAAAAUACUGUACGUUUAUAGGAUUAAAUAUUAAGAAACAAGAUGUUGAAAUGCUACCAGUCUGAGUUGAGUAAAUGUUGUUGUGUGUCUGGAACAAGCCAUUCAUGUAUAUUUGAGUAAUUAAAGGUUGUUGCACAAUGUAUGCAUCACAUACCAAAACAAUAAAUAUAUACAUAUAUAUAUUGUGCAUUGAACUAAUUUAAAUUGCAACCUGCUGACUUUUUUUUAGUUUUCAAUAAAAUUGUACUAUUGAAUAUGA